CUAGUCCAAAAGCCCUUGCAGUGGAGUCUCUGCUUCACCAUUUCUUCUUCUUCUUCUUCUUAGUUUGAUCGUCUAAUUCCAAGAUGGUUCGGAGCUUAAAGAACCCUAAAAAAGCUAAACGGAAGAACAAGCAGGCAAAGAAAGGAGAAGGAUCGUCGGAUUCAGUACCAUCAUUGCCAGCGAAGGUAUGGCAACCAGGAGUUGACAAAUUAGAGGAAGGAGAGGAGCUUCAGUGUGACGCUUCUGCUUAUAAUUCUCUUCAUGCCUUCCACAUUGGCUGGCCUUGCUUGAGUUUUGAUGUGUUGCGCGACUCACUCGGCUUAGUGCGGACUGAGUUUCCACAUUCUGUAUACUGUGUAGCAGGAACACAGGCAGAGAAAAGUUCUUGGAACUCCAUUGGUAUAUUUAAGUUGUCUAAUAUAUCUGGGAAAAGGCGGGACUUGGUGCCAGACAAGACAGGUGAUGAAAACUCUGACAUGGACAGCAACAGCAGUGAUAGUGAUGAAGAAGAAGAAGCUGGAUCGGGGACACCUGUAUUACAGUUACACAAGGUGUUUCACGAAGGAUGUGUUAAUCGCAUACGUGCUAUGACACAAAACCCCCAUAUAGUUGCUUCUUGGGGUGAUACUGGUCAUGUUCAGGUUUGGGAUAUUAGCUCUCAUAUAAAUGCUUUGGCAGAAUCAGAGAGUGAUCUUAGCCACGGGGCUUCUGCAGUCUCUAAUCAAGCACCCUUAUUUAAGUUUGGUGGACAUAAAGAUGAAGGCUAUGCUAUAGACUGGAGUCCUCGUGUUCCCGGGAAGCUUGUUUCAGGUGACUGCAGGAAUUGUAUCCAUUUGUGGGAGCCAACAUCUGGUGCAACAUGGAAUGUUAGUGCUAAAUCUUACAUUGGACACACUGCAAGUGUUGAGGAUCUCCAGUGGAGCCCUACAGAAGAUACUGUAUUUGCUUCUUGCUCAGUUGAUAGAAAUAUUAUAAUAUGGGACACCCGUAUGGACAACCCUCUUGCAGCAACUAUAACGGCACAUAAGGCAGAUGUCAAUGUGAUAUCAUGGAACAAGUUGGCGAGCUGUAUGCUUGCAUCUGGAAGUGAUGAUGGGACAUUUUCUAUUCAAGAUCUUAGAAUGGUCAAGGAUGGAGACUCCGUAGUGGCCCACUUUGAUUAUCACAAACAUCCCAUCACUUCUAUUGAAUGGAGUCCGCAUGAAGCCUCAACACUGGCUGUUUCAUCGUCAGAUAAUCAGCUAACAAUCUGGGACCUUUCUUUGGAGAGAGAUGAAGAAGAGGAGGCAGAGUUCAAAACUAAAAUGAAAGAGCAAGUCAAUGCUCCAACAGAUUUACCCCCACAACUUCUCUUUGUUCAUCAGGGUCAGAAAGAUUUGAAAGAACUUCACUGGCAUUCUCAGAUCCCAGGAAUGGUUGUAUCCACAGCGGCAGAUGGAUUUAACAUACUGAUGCCAUCGAACAUCGAAAAUGCAAUUCCUGCAAAUGUUGCAUGAUAAUAGUUUAUUACGUUAUAGUUUGCAUUUUUGAAGUACCUUUCCUCUGUGAUGGAAUUUGUACUUUUACUUUUGUGAUAUAUUGUGACAGUUGCAUCAAUUUUGUCCCAGUUUCUAUUUAUGGAUCCUUGAGCUAUAGCAAGACAUAAAAAUGAACACA